GGCGGUAACGAAGAAUCAGAUGGCAGAGUCAGCGUGUUGGGGCACACCUUUGACAGAUAAUCCUGAGAACCGUCCGUCGAAGCUUUUUGAAUGAUACCUAGCUGUAAGACGUCUACAAAGACCAUUUGAAAGACUGUCAAACUCGUUUUUCGCAGCUGGGCUGAAUGGGGGCACACUGCCCAUAUUGCGAAGCAACUGACAUAGAUUCGAUCUCUUACAGGAGUUCAGCUGCUAACGUUGCAGUUGUCUUAUUUCUAUAGCCUACCUGGAUAAACAGCGACGAGGCUCGCAGUUUUGUCAUAACCCGAAAUACUAAGGUAGUAGCCUAUUUGGGUUCCGGAAUCUGCUCGCAUGCAUUUUCGUUUAGAAGCCGAAUUACCCUACAAACAACCGCUACCUCUAGCUAGGCUAGUUUACCGAAUACUCCGUUGAUUCACAUCUAAAAUUAAAUAGCCAAAAUUAAAUAUUACGUUUACUAUCACAUGGCAGCACAAUUAUAACCGCGACCACGACGUUUUUAGCCAUGCUCUAUGUUUAGAAUGCUUGAACCUACUUCUUCUAGCCACGUAGUUGAACUAUUUAGCUCGCCUGUCACUCUCUGCCGAUGACAGGUGCCUGUGAAAAUACGGAGCACAACAAAGGACAAGAAAAGAACAGGAAUUCUUAAGUGUACGAUCUAUAUUACAAGGGGUGAUCGGCAAAGCGAUACGCGACAUAAAACGUAAUUAAGUGUAAUUAGUAAAGUUUCAGUCACGUAAAGGCUACACUACAGGCUCAGUUGCACUCAAUGGAAUUUUAUCGGGCUAGGCUACACGUUUAGGUAGGCUAUGCUAAGAUCAGUUCGGUAAAUCAUGUUUAUGUAGUUAGAUUCUAAACAACAACUUUCCAAAAAUAAUUAACUUUUACUAAAAGCAAAAAUAGCAGUUAAGACUGCAAUCAUAAAAGGUGAUAUUCAAUUUCACAUGCUUGGUCAUGCUUGGAUGCAACUGUCAUACUAGAGCUGUUGUAUUUCUGUAGCUAGGUGUAGCCUAGAUCACGAUAGCUUGCGCGCAAAUAACAAAACAAAAUGUGUGCGGCAACCGAAAACGAAAUUUUAGACCACCAACAAUGUCAGCCAUCCCCGCAACCUCAAAACGGCGUUGACUUGGUUUGUGACAGGAGUAAAAUUCUGCCCCCGUUCAGCGUUGUGUUAGCCACCGUUCUGUAUUUUGCGGAGUUCAUCAGUGCGGCGAUCAUUUGUAGCAUGUACAAUGAGACAGACGACCGCGUCUGGAUGGGACUUACUAUCACUUUCAUGUUAGUGCCAGCUGUGCUGAUACAGCUGGCCCUGACUUUCAUCCACCGAGAUUUGGGAAGAGACCGGCCUCUCGUUCUUUUUUUACAUCUCCUACUUUUGGGACCGCUUAUCAGGUGUAUCGAGGCCUUGGGGAUAUACUUCCAGGCCGGUCGGAAGGAGGAGCCGUACGUCACCAUCUCCCGGAAGAUCAAGCUCAAGAAUGGCCAGGGAACACCCAUGGAGUGGGAGAUUGGCCACUCGGAGCGCAAGCUGGCCGCCCACCGCAACGCCUUCAAACGCACCGCCGUCAUCCAGGCCUUCCUGGGCUCCACCCCUCAGCUCACCCUACAGCUCUACGCCACCAUCCAGGAGAAAUACUUGCCAAAUGCCAGAGUGGUCCUUAUCGCCAUCACGCUCGUCUCCAUCACCUACGGGGCCGUGGUGUGCAGUGUGCUCGCCAUCCAGAUCAAGUACGACGACUACAAGGUGCGGCUGCGCCCUGUGGCCUACGUGUGCAUGGCGCUGUGGCGGGGGCUGGAGAUCGCCACUCGAACCACAGCCCUCGUGCUCUUCAGCACGGCGCUCACCUACUGGGUGGUGCCCGUGGGGCUGGCCAACCUGCUCUUCUUCUUCUUCCUGCCCUGGGUGGAGUUCUGGCGGAGGAAGGCCUCGCUGCCCGAGAACGUGGAGAAGAACAUGAGCAAGCUGGGCACCACGGUGGUGCUGUGCAUGGUCACCUUCCUCUACGCCUGCAUCAACAUCUUCUGCUGGUCGGCGGUGCAGCUGAACCUGGCCCACCGCGACCUCAUCGAGAAGCAGAUGAGCUGGGGCCGCCUGGCCCUGUACUACUCGGCCCGCUUCCUGGAGAACGUCUUCCUGGUGCUCAUGUGGUACUUCUUCAAGACGGACUUCUACGAGUACGUGUGCAGCCCCCUGCUGGCCGUGCAGCUGCUGAUAGGCUACAGCCUGGCCGUCCUCUUCAUGAUGCUGUUCUACCAGUACUGCCACCCCUGCCGGCGCCUCUUCAGGCACAACGUGGCCGACUGCCUGCGCUGCGUGUGCUGCAGGAGGGGCGCCCGCAGCAUCCCCUCCACCCCCAGCGACGCCGCCGCCGCCGCCGAGACGCUCCCGCUCCCCCCCGACCUCACCAGCCAGCUGGGCGACUACGAGGCGGCGCUUUUCGAGGAGGUCGAGGCCGUGGACUGAGCGGGCCGCUCUUCGGCGUCGCACGGAGAGACGGGGAGAAGAAAAAAGCUCCCACGGAUGAGCUUUUCUUACUGUAGGGAUGGACGGUCAGGAAAACUGUCUGGCCUCGUUCAGACAUCUGCACUACGGACACUCGGGGUGAUUCCUAAAAGCUGUCAUAUCAGAUCCAAGCAGUGAUAUCCUAAACUGAUUCUUAAAAGUAGCAUCCAAACGAUUGCUGUCAGCUUAUUAACACAUACUCUUUGCAGUACAUUAAUGUGCAGGUAACAAGAACAAAUAAACUUAGAACACGCGCGAGUGCUAUUAUGGAAAGAAUUGAAGGCAGGUUCUGCUGAUGCAUGCAUGUAUACACGGGGGGACUAUGUAUAAAAAGGGCUGUAAUUUCUACAUGGAUCACCAGAUAUGGACGUAAAUUAAAUCAAAUUAAAGGUCACUCUGCACUUUAA